ACCCAAAGCUUUUAUAUAAUAACAAGCAUGUGCCUGCACGUGAGCUGUUCCUUUAAGAAGCCUUGGGCUAGCGGAAGAAGGGGGAUCUGGAGAAAAGGCAGCCCUACAGCUGUAACAUAGGGCAGAGGUUAAAUCUGUUGCCAUUUUUAUUGCAAGUAUGGUCACUGCAUACUCUCUCCCUGAAGGCUUCACUGAAUUAGAGGUGUUUGCCAUCGGCACUGCCCUGCUGGUAGAAGCCCUGCUUGGCUUCUGUCUGAAUGGCUUGACAAUUAUUUCUUUCCGAAAAAUCAAAGAACUCCGAACACCCAGCAAUCUGCUGGUUCUCAGCAUUGCACUGGCCGAUUGUGGGAUCUGCAUCAACGCAUUCAUCGCUGCCUUUUCCAGCUUCCUAAGAUACUGGCCCUAUGGCUCUGAAGGCUGUCAGAUCCAUGGAUUCCAGGGUUUCUUGACAGCACUAGCCAGCAUUAGCUCCAGCGCUGCAGUUGCCUGGGACCGGUAUCAUCACUACUGUACAAGGAGCAAGCUGCAGUGGAGCACGGCCAUCUCCAUGGUGGUGUUUGCAUGGCUGUUUGCUGCCUUUUGGUCCAUGAUGCCCCUGCUGGGGUGGGGGGAAUACGACUACGAACCCCUCCGAACCUGCUGCACCCUGGACUACAGCAAAGGGGACAGAAACUACAUCACAUUCCUUUUCGCUUUGUCCAUUUUCAAUUUUGUGAUCCCAGGCUUCAUCAUGCUGACAGCCUAUCAGUCCAUACUCCAGAAGUUCAAGAAAACUGGGCACUAUAAGUUUAAUACUGGUUUACCACUGAAGACGCUGGUCAUUUGCUGGGGCCCUUAUUGCCUUUUAUGCUUCUACGCAGCAGUUGAAAAUGUGAUGUUCAUUUCACCAAAAUACCGCAUGAUUCCUGCUGUUAUUGCCAAGACUGUGCCUACGGUGGAUGCCUUUAUAUAUGCCUUGGGGAAUGAGAACUACAGAGGAGGAAUAUGGCAGUUCCUCACAGGACAGAAGAUUGAGAAAGCAGAAGUUGAUAACAAAACUAAAUAACCCAUUACAGCACUGAGCAAGAUUAAUUCAAGUGCAUCACUGAAAGCAAAACUAUAGAGGAAACUGCAUUCUCUGAUGUGUACAUGCAAAGGUGGUUCCACAUUGGAAAGGCUGUGCAUUGGCUACAAGCAACAAAGUACUAAAAGUAAGCCCUCCAGAUAACUGUUCAAACCAUCAUGAGCUGCUUGUCAAACAAGCUGCCUUAAACCUAUGUCGAUUGUCAUCAGUUUCAUUUUAUAUGUCACUGCAAAUAAACUACGUGCUGGAAAGCAUUUUUUUUCCUUUUACACUAAAAUAAAAGCUCAGCAAAUUAACUGAAGCAGGGUAUUCAUUUAUCCAGUGAGACCUCCUCAAAGCAAUCUGUACAGUUUGUCCAUAUGGUAAUGUCUGGAUUACCUAAAAGAUUAAAGGAAUAUCCAGUAUUACACCACAUGUCUGCAUAAACAGCUUGUUCAUUGAACAACACACUUUCAAUGCACCCAAAAUGAGAGUUCCCAAAUUUUCAGGAUGAAUCUGCCAUACUAAUUCUAUAAAAGUAUUUUAGUGGGCAUUUUACCCCAGUAAGGAAUAUUAGCUUGGCUUCUACUCAAAUGAAUUAGUAUGUGACAUUCAGCUUUGCCACACACUAAACUGCAUCAGAUUUUGCAGCUGCUGCUUACAAGGAAAAUCAACAAGCUCAUACUCCAUCAUAAAAACAUUCAUCUUUUUAUCAAACACUGAGCAAAAACUAAAGGCAUGGACGGGUCCAAUUCUGUUCUAAAAAUGUCAGAAGAAUAAAAAUUAACUUCAUAUCUGCCAUUAA